AUGAAGACUAUGAAUGGGUUUUUGCUUCUCUCGACUAUAGCUUUUGCCGUUUUUCACUUAGUCCAAGCUCAAUCUCAAUCAGGUUUUAUCAGCUUGGAUUGUGGACUAAUUCCUAAGGACACAACCUAUACCGAGCAGAUAACGAACAUAACAUACAUAUCAGACGCGGAUUACAUCGAUAGUGGAUUAACCGAAAGGAUCAGUGAUUCAUACAAGUCACAGCUUCAGCAACAGACUUGGACCUUAAGAAGCUUCCCUGAAGGUCAAAGAAAUUGUUACAACUUCAAUCUCAAAGCGAAUCUCAAAUAUCUGAUUAGAGGAACGUUUGUGUAUGGGAAUUAUGAUGGUUUGAAUCAAAUGCCUAAGUUUGAUCUUCAUAUUGGUCCUAAUAAAUGGACUUCUGUUAUAUUGGAAGGAGUAGCAAAUGCUACCAUCUUCGAGAUAAUUCAUGUCUUAACACAAGACCGUCUCCAAGUUUGUCUUGUCAAAACAGGACAAACGACACCGUUUAUAUCGUCGUUGGAACUUCGUCCGUUGAACAAUGAUACUUACGUCACUCAAGGUGGGUCGUUGAUGUCCUUUGCCAGAAUCUACUUUCCAAAGACUGCAUACUUCCUCAGGUAUUCUGAUGACUUGUAUGACCGAGUUUGGGUUCCAUUCAGCCAGAAUGAAACAGUGUCGUUAAGUACCAAUCUACCGGUUGAUACAAGUAGCAAUUCCUACAAUGUGCCUCAAAAUGUGGCGAAUUCCGCAAUUAUUCCGGCGGAAGCUACUCAUCCUCUCAACAUAUGGUGGGAUCUCCAAAACAUCAAUGCACCGUCAUAUGUAUACAUGCAUUUUGCAGAAAUCCAAAAUCUUAAAGCUAAUGACAUCAGAGAAUUCAACAUUACAUACAAUGGUGGUCAGGUUUGGGAAAGUUCCAUUAGACCUCACAAUCUCAGCAUCACUACAAUCUCUAGUCCAACAGCUUUAAAUUCUUCAGAUGGGUUUUUCAAUUUCACUUUUACAAUGACCACAACCUCUACUCUUCCUCCACUUAUCAAUGCCCUCGAGGUUUAUACACUUGUAGAAAAUUUACUGCUCGAGACAUAUCAAGAUGAAGUUUCUGCUAUGAUGAACAUCAAGAAAACAUAUGGAUUGAGUAAAAAGAUAAGUUGGCAAGGAGAUCCAUGUUCUCCUCAAAUAUAUAGAUGGGAAGGUCUGAAUUGCCUUUAUUUGGACUCUGAUCAACCUCUGAUCACAUCAUUGAACUUGAGAACGAGUGGAUUGACCGGUAUCAUAACACAUGAUAUAUCUAAUCUAAUACAAUUGAGGGAACUAGAUUUAUCAGAUAAUGAUUUAUCCGGAGAGAUUCCAGAUUUUCUUGCUGAUAUGAAGAUGUUGACACUAGUAAACUUAAAAGGAAACCCGAAGCUCAACCUCACAGUUCCAGAUUCUAUUAAGCAUAGGAUAAACAACAAAUCUUUAAAACUAAUUAUAGAUGAAAACCAGAGUAGUGAAAAACACGGUAUAAAGUUUCCUUUGGUUGCUAUCUUAGCAUCAGUGGCUGGUGUGAUCGCAUUACUAGCUAUCUUUACCAUAUGUGUCAUUUUUAAAAGAGAAAAACAGGGAAGUGGUGAAGCUCCAACUAGGGUUAAUACUGAGAUCAGAUCAUCCUAUCAAUCAAUCGAAACAAAGGAUCGAAAAUUUACGUAUUCCGAGAUACUAAAGAUGACGAAUAACUUUGAGAGAGUUCUUGGUAAAGGAGGAUAUGGAAGAGUGUAUUAUGGAAAAUUGGAUGAUACUGAAGUAGCUGUGAAAAUGCUCUUUCAUUCCUCAGCUGAACAAGAUUAUAAACAUUUCAAAGCAGAGGUUGAACUACUUUUAAGAGUCCACCAUAGACAUUUGGUGGGACUUGUUGGUUACUGUGAUGAUGGAGAUAACUUUGCCUUGAUUUAUGAAUACAUGGCAAAUGGAGACUUGAAGGAGAAUAUGUCUGGAAACCGCAGUGGACAUGUUCUAAGUUGGGAAAACAGAAUGCAAAUAGCUAUGGAGGCAGCACAAGGAUUGGAGUAUCUACAUAAUGGAAGUAGACCACCUAUGGUCCAUAGAGAUGUGAAAACUACUAACAUUUUAUUGAAUGAGCUGUAUCAAGCGAAACUAGCUGAUUUUGGGCUCUCUAGAUCUUCCCCGGUGGAUGGUGAAUCUUAUGUAUCAACAAUCGUUGCCGGAACACCUGGUUACUUAGACCCUGAAACAAACUUGUUAAGCGAGAAGACUGAUGUGUACAGCUUUGGGGUAGUUUUAUUAGAAAUCAUCACAAACCAGCCUGUGAUUGAUACAACCCGCGAGAAAGCGCAUAUUACAGAUUGGGUUGGAUUUAAGCUCAUGGAAGGAGACAUUAGGAAUAUUAUUGACCCGAAACUGAUUAAGGAAUUUGAUACAAACGGUGUGUGGAAGGCUGUGGAGUUGGCUUUGUCUUGUGUAAACCCUACGUCAAACCAUAGACCGACGAUGCCACAUGUUGUGAUGGAGCUAAAAGAGUGUCUGGACUCUGAGAUUGCCAGGAAACAAGGUAGUCAAGACAUGUUUUCUAGAGAUUCUAUUGAAUUAACCUUCUCUCCUACUGGAUUCUCACCUGGACCGAGGUGAAUUGAGA